AUGAUUGAAAUCCAACCGAAAAGGGUGCUGGUCAGACCAACAGUAACCUUCGUGACGAUCAAGCCAAAACCGGAAGUAAAAGGCACGUCAGACAACAAGACGAAGAGCAAACCAGAGACGAAGAACAAAACAGACACCAGGAACAAAACAGAGACUAAACCCAAGCCUAAGCUGGAGACGAAGAACAAAACGGAGACAAAGCCCAAGCCCAAACCUGAGACGAAGAGCAAACCAGAGACGAAACCCAAGCCCAAACUGGAGACGAAGAGCAAGCUGGGGACGAAGAACAAAACGGAGACUAAACCCAAGUCCAAGCCGGAGACGCAGAACAAAACGGAGACGCAGAACAAAACGGAGACGAAGAACAAACUGGAGACGAAGCCCAAACCAGAGACGCAGAACAAAACGGAGACGAAUAACAAACUGGAGACGAAGCCCAAACCAGAGACGAAGAACAAAAUGGAGACGAAACCCAAACCCAAACCCAAGCUAGAGACGAAGAGCAAGUCGGAGGCGAAGGGCAAACCAGAGACGAAGAGCAAUACAAAGCCCGACGCAAAUCCCAAGUUAAGACCAGAGGCGAAGACCAAGAUAGAGGCAAGGAUCAACCCAAAACCAGGGACAAAGAAAACGCCAGACGACGGGAAGACGAAGACUAAGCCAGACGCAAAAGGAAACCCCAAGCCGGAGGCAAAGACCAACCCGAAGCCAGUAUCGAAGACUAAGGCAACCCUAGACCCAAAGAAGCCAGACACGAAGACGAAGAGCAAACCAGAAACAAAAACAAAGUCAGAAAGAAAGCUAAAGGUCGAGCCGAAGAAAAAGACCAACCCGGCGAAGAAUGUAACAAUCAAUUUGGAGACGACAACGAAGAUCCAGCUGGGAGGCUAG